AUGCAUGAUCAAAGCCAAUGCAUUGAAGGUGGCCUGUCGCCGGGUGACGAUAUUGCCUUCAUCUCUGAGCUAUUCCCUCCCCCACCCCCGGAAUAUAGCACAGAUAUGCCUCAGGACAACGCAGAAUAUUCUCUGGGAUAUCUCGGCGAUUUAAAACGAUGCUGGAAUACUUGCAUUCGCCUCUCCUACCACCUGGCUGACCAUGUGAUUGAACAUCAUCUGGGGACCGAUCCGAAUGCCCAGCCUUUGUGGUCAUCUUCCAAGACGGAGAAAGAAGUUGUCUACAGCAAAGCCGUGGCCUCACUCCAGGCCAAGCUUUUGCAUCCGAUAGCCUACGCGGUAUUCUUUCUGGAAACAGCUGCAUCUUCUGGCUCUGACUCUCAUCACUCGGGUCAUCACCGCAAAAACAUGGCUUGUUCUGUUGAAAAACAGCAAUCAAUUCUUCGAAAUGCACCUUUUGACGAUCCACUCAUACUUUUGUCGACCCACCACUGCAUGCAGCUUCUCUUUUCGACGGUUCAGCGCUUGAUGGGUCCGGAAAUUGCUCAUUCCACCACCGAAAGCUGGAUUAGUCUGCUUCUCACCACUUCAACCAUGGAGAGAAUCGUCAGCUUCUUUGUUUCCAUCGCGAAGGAUGACCAAAGAAAACAAAACGGUGAGCAUGACUCUACGUGGUCUCAUCGAAAGGAGUUUUUGUGGGCGAUGCGACGGGAUUUGAACGAAUUCAUGGCGUCUUUCAGUGAUCACGGCGAACAGAUACUCCACAAGCCAACGCUUAACCAUGUAUGGUUCCAAGCAGCACACAAUGAGAUGGACCGACGAGGGGCGAUUCCGCAUUCUGUUGAGGAUUCAGAAGUGCAUUGCACUUAUUCGGCAACAGCUUGCAACUUGGUGAAUAUUGCAACCCAGGUUGUUUCUGAAUGGACAUCCAACACCAAACUAACUUGGAACAUCAAUUACCUUCUUGUUUGCUGUUUGCAAGUAGAAAAAGGUCUUGUAUACUUGAAGCUCCACACUAAACUGCUUGUGUUCGGUUCCCAGUAG